AUGAGUGAGGAAAUGGAGAUAGGAGAGGAGAAAGACUGGAGGGAACUUGAGCCCAACUAUCCUCUCAAGAUCUUCCUGACGAUCUUUUACAGUCUCAUCCUGGUGAUGGGUAUUGUGGGAAAUUCAAUCACCAUCAGAGUGACACAGGUGCUGAAACGCAACGGCUACCUGCAGAAAAAUGUGACUAACCACAUGGUUAGCCUGGCGUGCUCGGACUUGUUGGUGCUCCUAAUCGGCAUGCCGGUAGAGCUCUACAGCGCCAUCUGGUUCCCCUUCUCGUCGGCAUCGGGCAACGUUUCCUGCAAGAUCUACAACUUCUUGUUUGAGGCUUGCAGCUAUGCCACCAUCCUCAAUGUGGCCACGAUGAGUUUUGAGCGCUAUGUUGCUAUCUGCCACCCUUUUCGCUUCAAAGCCUUGGGUGGGAGACGUACCUCGGCCCUCAUCACCUUUGCCUGGCUGGUGUCGGUGCUCGUGGCCCUGCCGUUGCUGUUCGCCACAGGAACGCAGGGACACAUCCCCGUCCUGGCCGAUACACCUGUCCAGAACCUGACUUUCUGCACUAAUCUGAGGGAGCGCUGGGUGAUGUACAGGGCCAGCAUCUUUGCGGCUUUCAUCGUCUACAUCAUCGUGUUGAGCUGCGUGGCCUUCAUGUGCCGGGCCAUGAUCCUGGUCCUAAGGAGACCUAUGGGAUCCAUGGAUGGGGGGAUCGACGCAGUUCAAAGGGCAACCAAGCAUGAAAGUGCAAAGAUCAAGACAAUGAGGAAGCAGACCAUCAUUUUUCUUGGUAAGUUGUUGCUUUAA